AUGGCCAUGGCAUUUCCUACUUCAGCUGAAGCAAUGACGAAAUUGCUACGUUCCAAAGAAAUUAAAACGGAAGAAUUAGCAAAGAUCAUGCAGAAAUUUGAUGAUUUGACAUUCUGUUUUCCAAAUAAAGAAAUCUUUGCUAUCGAGUUGAUUCAAGAUAGAUGGAAUGAUGUGAAGAGACCAGAAUUCAAACUGGAUUCCAUGAUAUGGGAGACGUACGUCGAUAUGUGGGCGAAAGUCAAUAAUGAUGAGAGGCUUUUCAAGAAAAUUUUUAAAAAUUUGAAGUUCACUAAUCUACUAAUUCAAACUUUCCAAAUACAGAACGACCCGAACGGCGUAUUCCUCAGGAAACUUCUAAGAACAUGCAAGUUGAUUAACUCAAUGGUUACAAUAGACGUAUCUUUUGAUAAUAGUUGCAAACUCUUGGCUGGCGCAUUAAAAUGCCUUUUGAUCGUCUCCAUUGACGAAUUUGAUAACACAGAGAGGAAUGCGUUACUCAUGGAACUAAUGACUAUGGCUGAAUUAGAUCAUAUCCCAGAAGUCACAGGGAAAUCAUCAAACAUCUAUUGCAGUACUAUGCUAUAUCCUACAAUCAACUACGUUGCACAAACAUCUCAAAAUAAUGCUGAUUCAGUAACCAAACUUUCUGGAUAUUUGGGGAAGUUUGUAUUCCAUGAAAAUAAUAAUUCAAAUUUGGCAAAAUUAUUGGGAAAAUUUUUUGAAACUAAUAAAACUUUAGAUUCUGCCGUUGUCAUGGUACUUUUCCAAAAAGCCAUACAAUUCUUAUCAAAGAACAACUUCAAAGAGUUAGAAAUUUUAUUCACAUUUAUCGUAACUAUUCAACCUUCAAUAACGGCAGCUCUAUUGAACGAACUCUCAUUAUCAAAGAAGACCAUGUCCCAUGAUUUUCUAACUGAACUGUUCAAGAAGAACCUUGAAUCGAAUGAAACACAUAGUGAAACUUUCUGGAAUCUAUUCUUACAACUUUUAAAUCUAGACAUUGAAAUUGGUAUUGAAAAUUCUGAUACUUUAAUGAACUUGAUCGAAGAGAAUUUCAAAGAAAGAGCCACAUUUGUGACCAAACUUUGGGCUAAACUCGUUUCAUGUUAUAUAAAUGCAAGAGAAUUGCCACAAUUUUUGAAAAAAUGGCAAGAUUAUUCAAUUAGUCAACAAUCGCAACUAUUUAUGGAGACUCCAGAGCUUUCUAUGGAAGUCUCCAAGGGUAUUGUAAAUUUAUCAACAAGCCAACUGAGGGAAAUAUUAUCACAAACAGUGGACACUAUAAUAAAUGGCUCAGAAGAUCAAUACGGAUACAGUGCAUUGAGAACCUAUUUAAAGGGCCUGCCGAUGCUAUCGUUUACCAUUCUACCAGAAUUUAAGCAUGUUCUCUCAAAAAUUUUCGAAAUUGAAGAAAUGGAUAAAUUCUGGGACAUCAAAUAUUUGAUUUUGAAUGUCUAUGACGAUAUAUUGCCUGCUCAAUCUAUUUCUACCGAAGAAAUCAAUCUACUACUAAACCAUUCGGAUAAUGAAUCCGCUGAAUUCUAUUAUUACUUCUUCAAAUUAAGAGAAUAUGAAGCUUUUGAUUUCACCAAAAUCGAAUCGAGAUUAAUGGCCCUCUUAGAAAGUGACGGACUUUCUAGCGAUGCCAGGCGUACCUUCUUGGAAAAUACCUUUGUAAAUUGGUCUUCAAUAAUUAAUUCAGCGUUUUCAAAAGAAAAUAUCAACAAGUUGAUCUCAAUGAUUGUAACGAAGGUGGAAUAUAUUGAUUUACUGAAUAUAUUUUUCGAAAAUGACGAUUUUUUCGAAGAAGAUAACAUUGUAUUUCACCUUGUCAAUAAUAUUUCCAAAUUAUGCAAUGAAGGAUCUGCUAUUACCUUUAUGACUAAAAUACCAUUACAAUGCUAUAAUAAAAACACCAGAAUUGAACUUAUUAACACUCUUUCUUCAAAAUCUGUUCUGACAUCGUCGGAUAUAAAUUUAUUAGUACAUUUGUUAGCAAGCCCAACAUUCAAAUCAAACAUCGAGAGGCAGUUCGAAAGACUACAAGAUCUUACCUCGAAAACAUCAGAUACCACAUCUUCUUUAAAUAAAUUCAACACGAUCGUCUUUGAAACAGUAUGGAAAAAUCAUGUUUUACAGAUCAAAGAAGCAACCAGUAGAACAUUUGUCGAUUCUGUCAUCAGUGAAAUAUCUGACAGGCUACUCGGGACUAACUUCGAUAGACUUGGCGUUGAAUUGGCGUAUUCGAUUUUGACCACUUCUCCAACAGAGAUAGCCAAGGAUCUAGCACACAAAUUCAUCAACUUUGGAUUCCAUACAAUAAAGUCGUCUGAUAUAGACGACAGCCUAUUAUCAUGGAUGUUAAACUGUCUUUACACAAUUUUUAUGAACAUUGUGGUUAUUACUGAUGAACAGAAAUCAGCAAUCAAAUCGAUAACGGCAGAUCUAAUGAAAAGGAACAAUAUUGAUGCAUCACUACUAAGUUCCACCUUUUUACUCAACUCGGUCUUUUUCGAUGACAAAUUACAACUUCUAUAUGCUCAAUAUAUCGUUGCGAGAACUAUGGGUUGCCAGAAAGAUAUUUUAUUGCCUUCGGUGGAAGCAGUCAUAGCUCGUAAAGUCAAAGAAGAGACAGGUUAUGAUGAUUUCAAUUCUGCUUUUGCAUCUACAGUUAAAUGUUUCGCAGAGCCUAUCACAGAUGUAUAUCUUGAAUGCACGAUAGAGCUAUACCAAGUACAAACAAGACAUAUUUCUAAAGGCAACACGAUAGGGUCACACCUUUUCGUAAAAUCAAUAAUUGAAUUCUACACAAAUCUAUUAAACCUCAAUGCUUCGGUGGAACAAGCGUUGGCUCUCGUUGCAGUUUUACAAGAUCUUCUGGUUUCAAAACCAUGGUUAUUCACUCAAUACUGUGUUGAAAUCUUAUUUGCAUUAUGUUUUGCAUUGUCCAACCUCAUAAUCUCAGCAUCAAAUAGUACAGAGAACAAUGAUGAAAUAUUUAUUGGCACUAUAAAAAUUAUAUCAAAUAUAUUAUUAGUUCAUAGGGUUAAAUUAUCCAAUCGUCAACAUUUAGUCAAUACAUUAUUGUGCCAAUACUUGGAUAUCAUCUCUCAAAGCAAAAAAAAGAAUUUAACCUCAGAAUCUGCUAAAGCUCUUUCAAGAUUGAUAACAGAUUUUUGUGAACCAUCUAACAUUUCUAAUAACAAAAACGAUAGUAAAUUAAAUUCUCAAGUAAGUACUAUUAGACAAAGGUUGAGGAGAGAUGUACCAUUUUUAUUAAUAAAAUAUAUUCAUCUAUCGAUUAUCUCACCAUUUGACUCGUCCAUUAGAAGGGAAUUGACACGAGGUAUAUUCUCUAUUUUCAAUUUGCUAUCCCAAAAUGACCUCAGCAUGGUCAAUUCCAUAUUAGACUCUGCUGGUAAGCAAUAUUUCAGGUCACUAUAUGUCGAAUAUAAAAAAUCUGGAAAAUGGCGUGAGGAUUGA